CCCAGCUCUCUGCGCGCUCGGGCUUCUGGCUCGCCCCCUGCGCCCCUGCGCUUCCGCCCAGACGUCCGGACGCGCGACAUGGCGCUGUUAGGCCGGGUUCUCUGCGCUUGGGGCCGCGAUCCUCGGCGGUUUUUCAGUUAUGGAACAAAAAUAUUAUAUCAAAACAAUGAAGAUUUUCAGUCUAAAUUCUUUCCUCCCUUACAAAAAGUGAUGCUACCACCAAAUAGUUUUCAAGGAAAAGUAGCAUUCAUUACUGGAGGAGGUACUGGCCUUGGUAAAGGAAUGACGACUUAUCUGUCCAGCCUAGGUGCACAGUGUGUGAUAGCCAGCCGGAAAAUUGAUGUUUUGAAAGCAACUGCAGAAGAAAUUUCUUCUCAAACUGGAAAUAAGGUUCAUGCAAUUCAGUGUGAUGUGAGGGAUCCUGGUAUGGUGCAAAGCACUGUGUCAGAACUGAUCAAAGUCGUAGGACAUCCCGAUAUUGUGAUAAACAAUGCAGCAGGGAAUUUUAUUUCUCCCACCGAAAGACUCUCUGCUAAUGCUUGGAAGACCAUAACUGACAUAGUUCUAAAUGGCACAGCUUUUGUGACACUAGAAAUCGGAAAGCAACUAAUCAAAGCACAGAAAGGAGCAUCCUUUCUUGCUAUUACAACCAUCUAUGCUGAGACUGGGUCAGGUUUUGUAGUACCAAGUGCUUCUGCCAAAGCAGGAGUGGAGGCCAUGAACAAAUCUCUUGCAGCCGAAUGGGGUAAAUAUGGAAUGAGAUUCAAUGUGAUUCAACCAGGGCCUAUAAAAACCAAAGGUGCCUUCAGCCGUGUUGACCCAGCUGGAGCAUUUGAGAAAGACAUGAUUGACAGAAUUCCCUGUGGUCGGCUAGGAACUGUGGAAGAACUUGCAAAUCUUGCUGCUUUCCUUUGUAGUGAUUAUGCUUCUUGGAUUAAUGGAGCUGUAAUUAGAUUUGAUGGCGGAGAGGAAGUACUUAUUUCAGGGGAAUUCAACAGUCUGAGGAAGGUCACCAAGGAGCAGUGGGACACAAUAGAAGAACUCAUCAGGAAGACAAAAUGAAAGUAGAGGAUUUAUAGUAACUCUAAUGGACUCUGUCAUUGCAGUGUAUUUCCUUUUCAUUGGACUUAUGAAUUGUCUUCUUUAGAUAGCUCAGUGUUAAUUUAAACAAGUUUUUGCCAGGACCUAUUUUGUAGCCAGAUGUUUUAUUUGGUACUGAGAAUAAAAAGAAAACAUGAAUAAUCUACAGCCUUUGCUCUCUUAAAACUCAUUAUCUAGCAGGAUAGAUAGACCUGUAAAUAAUUAUUUAUGAUUCAUUGUGAUAAAUAUUUCAGCAGUGUAAAAGUGUGAAAGGGGAAGUAAUUCAUUCUGUCUUCAGAGUUUAGAGAAAGUGACACCUAGGAGAUAGCAGUCCAUCUCAGCUUUUAAAGUAUAUAUUGUCAAUGAAUUUAUUGUUACCAAGGGGGGAGGGAUAGCCUGGGAAUUUGGGAUUGACAUGUACACACUGCAAUAUUUAGGAUAAAUAACCAGCAGGGACCUACUGUAUAGCACAGGGAACUCUGCUCAAUAUUCUGUAAUAACCUAAAUGGGAAAAGAAUUUGAAAAAGAAUAGAAAAAAAAAUAAAAAAUAAAA